CAGAAUUUAUGUCAAAAUCGACUUUGAAAGUAACUUCCAAUACAUGUUUCUUUGUAAUAGAGUAACACUGAAAUUGUGGAAUGAGAACUGAGGAAGUACCAUGAGUAAUUCCCUGUUCAAUGAAUUCGGCAUUACCUUUCAUUGUACUUAAAGGAACACUGUCCUUUUCAUUCAACUACCUUCAUGAGAUUCCUUAAACGAUUUGAAAAAGAUUCCUGAAACAGAGUUUUUAUAUCCUCUAUUGAAUUUUUUUAAUUAAUUUCUUAUAUGAUAUAAUCUUGCCAAUUGCUAACUCGUAUUAAUUGGUAUACACUGCUUGGCUACCUUCAUUUCACUUCACUUCACGAACACACUAGUUUCAUCUACUUGCUAUAAAAUGCAGCAGCUUCUCUUGGAUCCAGCUCUUCGAAACUGGGUUCUCUUACCCAUCAUGUUUAUCAUGAUUUUAAUUGGAGUUCUAAGACAUAAUGCAACAAUUCUCUUACAGGCUUCUCCUAAAAGGCUAACAAAGGAAGAAAUUCGAGAACAACGUCUGUUGCAAAGAGCGUUUGCCUUUCGAAGCAAUGCAUUCUUCCUUUUGCCCAAUUCUAUAGAGAACAGAAAAGAAUUUUUGGUAGACGCUUUACGGUCAGGUAAAUACCUAAAGCCUGCCGACCCCAAUGCUCCUAAAAAUCUGAAUCCAAUGAUGGACGACAAGACAUUGGAGACUUUGAUGGAGUCUAUGAAGGGGAAUAUGUUAAUGGUUGUUCCUCAAACGAUUAUAAUGACCUGGAUUAAUGAAUUUUUUUCUGGUUUUAUCUUAUUAAAACUUCCUUUUCCGCUUACCUAUCAGUUCAAGUCCAUUUUCCAAUCGGGCGUUGCUACCCAAGAUCUUAGUAUUCAAUGGGUUUCUUCUAUCUCAUGGUAUUUUCUGAAUCUCUUUGGGUUAAAGUCGGUCUACGCAUUAUUACUGGGAGAGAAUAAUAUGGCUAGCAAUGCUGAAAGUGAAAUGGGAAUGUCAGGGUUUUCACUGUCAGCUGCUACAUCGCAGACUGUCCAGCCUGGCCAAGAUAUUGCCAAGCUAAUGCAUUCCGAAUCCGAGAAUGUGCAAAUUGUCGGAAAGAAUUCUUUACUAGAGGACGUUGAGUCAAGAAUUUUGAAGCAAUUCACCUAAUACACGUUUACUGAAGUAGAUUUUACCAGAAGCAUUUACUUGAUAAAAAAUUUUAAAAAACCCGUCUUUAAUUUUUAUCUCAUGGCUGUUAUCAUGGUUGACUUUGAUACAUUUUUUUACAUGUUGAGAAUCUACCCUCUUUCUGUAAGCCUACCUAGCAAUGAUCAACUAUUAUAAUAUAAAGGAGUUUAAAAACAAUAAAUAUACUGUAAAUAUGUGGUAGUAAAAAAACUCGCUAUCAUCCAGAUCUUGUACGGAAACGUGCUGGUACCUGUCCUAAAUUUUUAAAAGU